UUAGUGUCAGCCAAACUCUCUUUCGUGCUCUAUCCGCUUCUCUCCCGUCCUUCCUCUCUGCUUUCAUCCAAUUCAAUCACAGAUGGCCAUCACUUUCUCAGAUCUCCAUACCGAAUCAGGCCUCAAGUCUCUCGAAAACUAUCUCUCCGGAAAGACUUACAUUUCUGGGGAUAAGAUUACAAAGGAUGACAUCAAGGUAUACGGUGCCGUUUUAGAGAAGCCAGGUAGUUCCUUCCCCAAUGCCAGCAAGUGGUACGAAUGCAUCUCUUCGCAGCUCGCCCCAGCCUUUCCUGGAAAAGCAGUUGGUGUCAGAAUCGGUGGCAAAGGUGCUCCAGUUGAAGCUACUCCAGCCAAGGCUCCUGCUGGAGAUGAUGAUGAUGAUUUGGAUCUUUUUGGAGAUGAGACAGAGGAGGAUAAGAAGGCAGCAGAGGAGAGGGAGGCAGCUAAAGCCAAGUCUGCCAAGAAGAAAGAAAGUGGGAAAUCUUCUGUUCUGUUGGAUGUGAAACCUUGGGAUGAUGAGACAGACAUGAAGAAGCUCGAAGAGGCCGUUAGGAGUGUUGAACUGGCAGGUCUCCUAUGGGGAGCAUCAAAACUAGUUCCAGUUGGUUAUGGGAUUAAGAAGUUGCAGAUCAUGAUUACAAUUGUCGAUGACCUUGUUUCUGUGGAUUCACUCAUUGAGGAACGUCUCACAGUUGAGCCGUGCAAUGAAUAUGUCCAGAGUUGUGACAUUGUUGCCUUCAACAAAAUCUAAAAAUCUUUUGAUUGUAUUUCAUAUAGGAUGCUAUUGCCAGCCACUUUUGGUCGUGGUUUAGUUUUUGUCUUUUAUUUCUCUUUGCGCGCAGUGUUUUUAGUUGUACUAUUUGUGAAAUGGAGAAGGUUAUCUUUUAAGUUAAUUUAAACCUAAUUUUUUCUA